AGAAAAAUGCCCUGCUCCGCUGUUACGCUUUCUAUAGCCACAAUCGCCUCAAUAAUAGCAAUCGCUUUAUUGGUUAUUGCAUUUUCUACAGAUAACUGGUUACAUUAUGAGGUGAAAAGAAACAACAUACAGGCAUUUGCAGCUAAACAUUCCGAUUCCGAAACUCUGUUAAGUAAUUUAAAUAACAAAUAUUUCUAUUAUACAAGAACCCGAGGCCUUUUCAGAAUAUGCUAUCCCAAAGAGAAGCCACCGACAAGUGCAGUUCCAACAUAUCUAUCACCAAUAGAGACGCAUUGCUCGAAUAUAGACUAUUUCCCACAAAUGGAGGAGGAUAAGAUAUCAAGCGAAGAUGUUACAUCAAGGCUACAUUUGGCUCGUUCAUGCAUAGCAAUGUUCAUAUUAAGCUUCAUCACAACCUUCUGCGCUUUCUGGACUGGUUUGUCCGGAUGCUGGAAAAGAUCGUCGGGUGCUAUUACAGCUACUUCAAUUUUACUGCUUGCAACGUGCCUGCUUGCCGCCGGUGCUAUGGGUCUCUGGCAUACUGUUGAGUUCUUUGAAAAAGAGAAAGUUGUCGGAGAAGACUACUAUCAGCAAUGGACUACCGUACUAAGAGACAAUACCAAAAUUACAUAUGAUUGGUCAUAUAUUGUUGCAUGGGCCGGUGUAGGUUCUUGUCUUCUGGCUGCCAUAUUGCUAUCGGGAGCUGCUGUUUGUCUAAGAAGUGAACGGGAGAAAGAAGAACAAUUAAAUUUGCAAUAUCUUAUGCCAGUAUAUUCACAAAAACAACCUCCUUAUCCACCCUACGCCAACUAUCCUCAGCCUCAAAUGUUUGCCGCUGGUCCGUAUUACCAUGGGUCGCAAUAUGGUCCAUACAACUACUAA